AUGCCGGACGGUCGUCUAUCGCGGCUGCUGAGGGCGAAGCUGCUGCGGCGAUCGUCGACCUCCGCCGUGACCGAGAGAGCAAAUAAUGGGGCGGAUCCGGACAUCGAGCCCGACGGGAACUCGAGUUCCAGCUCGCUCUCCAUCUCCUCUCCGCACUCGCGCCGCCAGGGCUCCCAGAGACCCCGUCCCUUUAGUUGCGCUUCGUCGCUGCCGGUCGAUUCUCCUGGCGAUACUGACUCUCCUGCCAGUCCUGCUGUCGACCCGGACGCCACCACCGGGCCGGUGCACGAUCCCAGUGCGCACCAGGCAGCGCGCGAGGGGGCACUGGGAGCGCGUGCCGACGGCCACGACUCGCACGUCGGCCAGAAAGCGACCAGAAGAAAGAGGUUCAGUCUUCGAGAUCAGGUUCGAAGUCCAGGACGAGAAACGACCGGUUCCACCGUCCCGCCAGACCGCGCCGGCUCUGCGCCCCGGACGCCCACUACCGAUCCAGCUUUUACGCCCUCCUCGACCACGUCCAUCUCGCGUCCGGUAUCAGGGCAGUCGGACGCAUAUUCGACCGUCCAGGGUCGGGAACGAGCUGUCUACACUGGCCAGUCUCAAUUGAGCCCUCCUACUGUCUCCGUGUCCGAGGCCCCGUCUCACUCGCAGUCGACCCCGAGGCCUCCUCUCGCACCCGCCACUCCAGGGAACUUCAAACGCCCCAGCAUUGCUGUGCGACGGCAGUCCCUCCUCCCACUCUCCCAGCAGCAUCUGGUCAAGAACCUGCUGGAGCCGGGGCUGCUGUCUCAGCACGGGGAUCAGUUCUCGAACCCGUUCGCCACAGCACCGCCCGUGAUGGUCACACGUAAGAUAUGGGUCAAACGACCCGGUGCGUCUGCGACGUUGGUGACUGUGUCGGAGGAGGACUUGGUAGAUGACCUACGUGAUAAUGUUAUGUGGAAGUAUCCCAACUCGCUUGGGAAGAGUGUCGACUCCCCAGACUUGCUGAUUAGGAUUACACCGCGGGAGGGUUCAAACCGUCAUGAACGAUUACUGAAUCCGGAGGAGUCCCUGGUCGCCGUUAUCGAUACCUACUAUCCCGGUGGACAGAGUGUACAAGAAGCACUGAUCAUUGAUACCCCUCAGCGACGGACACCCAGGCCAUCGCCCGGUAUUUACUACCAUCAUUCAGAGCCAGGUGAACAUGGGGAGUACUUUCCGCUGAUGCCAGUUAAUGUCAACGUCGGGACCCCUCCAGCACACGGAUCCAGUGCUGUUUCUACGGGGAGCGGCGUAAGUGGUGUACAUCAGACUCCCUCGAUAUCUGUUCUCACGACCGGAAAGGUGCCUCCACUACCGUCCCCAGGAGGUCGGUCUCAUCGACACCAACGCCGGCCUGGUAUUCUUCGUCAUCCUACAAACUCCCCUACCCUUAUUGCAUCGGCAGCCGUGGCAAAAGAUGGCACUCCUAGUGUAAAUGGUCAGGCUCCAACACCUGCACCAUCGAUUCCGACACCGCCAGCACCCCCACCAGAGUCUCCUCAAGCUAAGAGUCUUACUCCUCCCGCUCGUGGGCCUUCUCCCCGCCCACCUCGGAAGCCCAAGAAGAACAACGGUGUAACAUCCCCCGGAGCAGCUUUCGGUGGACUUAUUGAAGGCACUGUCCCGCCGAUUAACGUGCUUAUAGUGGAGGACAAUGUCAUCAAUCAGAAGCUCUUGGAGGCCUUUAUGAAACGUCUGAGCGUUCGUUGGCAGUGUGCUCCGAACGGCGAAGUGGCUGUCAAGAAGUGGCGACAAGGCGGAUUUCAUCUUGUCUUGAUGGAUAUUCAGCUUCCAGUGAUGAACGGUCUGGAGGCAACGAAAGAGAUCCGGCGGUUGGAGCGUCUGAACGGAAUAGGAGUGUUCUCGAAGACCGCUUCGGGCCGUUCCAGCGCAGCUAGCACCACCGCAACUUCCCCUUCGGAGAAUGGCCUACCUGGUUCCCAGAAUCAGUUGAGGGAAGAAGACGUGCUCGAGGACCUGUCGCUGUUUAAGAGUCCUGUCAUCAUCGUUGCAUUGACAGCCAGCAGCUUGCAGAGCGAUAGACAUGAAGCCUUGGCUGCUGGCUGUAACGACUUCUUGACAAAGCCUGUUGGAUUCCCAUGGUUGGAACAGAAGGUGACGGAAUGGGGCUGCAUGCAAGCUCUCAUUGACUUUGAAGGCUGGAGAAAAUGGCGAGGAUAUGCGGACUCUGUCCCGUCAAUUGGCGUUGCAUCUGGCACCGCGGGCAGUCAUAUUGACAAGGCCGGCGAGCCCAUGGCGAAGGCGAUAAGCCCCCCUCCAUCGACCAUAACCUCUCCGACGCGAGUAAGACAUCGAGCGGCAAGCAGAAGCGGUACGGACAGUGCUCCUAUAAGACCAACUGCGGCAGGACCUGUGCUCUCGUCUAAUAGUGGCAGUACAGGGACAGAUUCGCCGGCCAGCUUUACCACGUCGGUGGAGAAAGGAGCAAUGUCGCCCGAUAUUCAGGAAUUGGAUCGCGAGGACACAUGA